GUCCGGCCGCUGGGGGCGCUGUUCUGCUGCCGGGUCAGACGGGCUUCAGGUCUGGCGGGCUGUUCGUUUGUGUGUUUGGGAACAGCUGGAGAGUGUGCAUGUUGGCUGUUCGGCAUGUGAUGAGGUAGCUUGGUGGACUAAACGACAAUGACCAGUCCUCAGUUCAGUGGCACCUCUGGCAAUAAUGAAGAGCUCUUUCAGGAUCUACUGAGCCGCCUCAGGGAGUGCCAUGAUACUGUAGUACAAGGUCUGCAGUCAAAGGUGACCAAGCUGAAGAAGGAGCGUUGUCUCGACGCACAAAAACUGGAGGAAUUCUACAAUAAAAAUCAGCAGCUACGAGAGCAGCAGAAAGCCCUGCAGGAAUCUAUCAGACUCCUCAAAGAGAGAUUACAGUCUGGACCCUGUGAUCACUGCAAGGAAAGAGAAAAACAGGCAAAAAAAGCACAAGUUGAGGUUGAAAACCAAGAUGCAUCACUCAUCAAUGAACUCAAGGCUGAGAGACAAACUCUUAAAGAAGAGAACAGAAGGCUCAGUGAUGAGCUGGAGCUGAUGCGGACACACGGUUUACAGCAGACGUCCUUCUCCGAACCAGAGGAAGGCAUGAUCCCAGACUCUCCCCUCCAGCCUAUGUCAUUUCCUGUGGUCAGCAAGUUGAAGCGCAAGAGAGAUCAGAGCCACGUUCGCUAUGCUGAGCAGCCUCGUUCACAGCCACUACCUGGUUCAUACACUGACCCUCAGAAAUUACGCUCUACAGAUGUUCAGAGGAGAGAAUCAUCUUUACAGUCGAACAUCAGUCGCAGAGCAACGCUGGUGCCGGAGACGUGUGAUCUGGAUGAACUAUGUUAUAGAAAGGAAAAUCGCAGGAUCGGUGGGAGAACUGUGGUUGCAGAAACGUGUCAGUUAGACAUGUCUGCUGAACAGGACUCUGAAGAUGAUGAUAUUUCUCAUACUUUACUACAUGCUGUAUCCAAACAAGGAUGGAAAGAAGAGGAUUCCACUGUAUUAUCAUUAUCCUCUGAUGCAGGUUAUGCAAGUAGCAUCGUCCCUCAAUCCCAUGAUCCUCCAUCCAGUGCUGCUAAGGAGCAGAAACAGCAGGCCUCAAGUCGUAUUCCUCUUCAACAUCUGUCCUCUUCUUCAUACAACAUCAGCAGAGCUGGAUCUUCCCCCUCUGAAGGAGGGAAAGGAAAGCAGAUGGAGACCUCUCCUCCUUCUGACAGCAGCCUGAGAGACAGAGAACAGGAAAUCAGGAGGAACCAUGAGUGGAAAAAGCCUGCAGAUCUGCAGAAACCGAUUUUUAAGGUACCAGGCGAGAUGAAAAGUUGGCAGACAGAAGAAGCUAAACCUGCUCAUCACUCCACACACAAGAACCCCAUCCUCAACCUGAACUGCAGCCCUUCUGAUCAGAACUGGAGUGUAGACCCAGGAGCUGCUCUGUCUCAGUACGGUGCAGAUAGCUCCCCUCAUCCAGAGCCCAAAGUACAGGCAGAUACUGUGGACAUGGACUGCACGUUUGUGAGCCAUAGUAUGCUGAUGCACAGCCGAAAGCGGAGUGAGAGUAUCCCAGGAAUUGGGCUGAAGGCUAACGACAGCCUGGCGAACAUUUUUGAUACCACUGGUGAAGGGGAGUACGAGUCCUGCCCACAAGAUGAGAUGUCUGAAUUAGAACAUGACUGCUCUCAUCAGGAUGAAGAGGAGGAGGAGGAGUACCAAGAUGAAGAACACAAGGAAGAAGAGGAAAAACAUGGGAGGGAGAAACAAGAUAUAGAAGGAAAGUUCUGUACAGCUUUAAAACGAGCAGGAGACGAGUCCCCUGGAGAUGCUGCUGAGAAGUCUAUUGCACGUGUUGAAGUUGUGCGAAAGAAAGACGAGCGAAGGAAGCUUCACGGCCACACGUGCAAAGAGUGUGAGAUAUAUUACGCUGAUCUGCCGGAGGCGGAGAGGAGAAAGAAACUGUCGUCUUGUUCUCGGCAUCGUUUCCGGUACAUUCCCCCGUCCACACCAGAGAACUUCUGGGAGGUGGGAUUCCCUUCCACUCAGACCUGCAAAGAGAGAGGAUACAUUAAAGAUGACGACCAGGCAGAUCCACGUAUGAGGAGAAGGAGACCGUACCUCGCUACGUUCUCACCAAAGACGUCACAGACGUGACACAAGACUUCACAGUGAUGAACAGAGUCUUCAUAACCCUGUGUAGUGAAAAUCACACCUUUAGAUAUAUUUAAAUAAUCAUUUAAACAUCAAUAAUUCUGCUGUCAAAACAAAGUGUAAUUGUUUUAUUAGUAAGACAUUAGUCAAUUUUGUUUGUUUGUACCGUAUAAUUUCUGAGUUUUAUUUUUUUUUUUUAAUAUUGAAGAAAAAUGUUUUUGAUAAAUAAAGCUGAAUAAAAUGAA